UGCUUGCUAUUUUAUUCAAUAAAUGCGGUUGACUGGUUAAAAGGGCGUGGUGCCCAGGUAGCAUUUGUCGAGGUCGAGGCUGAGCAUGCUGACCAUAAUGGACAAUUAAUAGGCAAUGAUAGGUACUACGGCAAUUUAUCAUCGGAAGCUAGUCAACGUCGAGCAGUUACCUUGAAUGCCGUGGGCCAGUAUGUUGAAUUCACCAUGCCCAUUGAGGCCAACUCGGUGGUCAUCCGGUACAGCAUACCGGACACCGCACAGGGCAAGGAUAAGGACAUCCGAGACGCCGACAUAGACCUAUACGUGGCCGGUGCCAAACUGACAGCCCUGACGUUCACGUCGAGGUACAGCUGGUAUUAUGGGGGCUAUCCGUUCAACAACGACCCCCAUAGCGGAAAUCCGCACCACUUUUACGACACCAUACGCACGCUAUUGGACAAAACGUACCCGAAAGGCACCAAGGUGAAAGUGCAAGUUACGUCUACCGCUAAAUCGCCCACGUUCACCAUUGACCUUGCUGACUUCGAGCUGGUAGGCCCACCCAUUCCGCAACCCACGGGCUCGUUGUCGGUCACCGAUGCCGCAUACGGUGCCGACCCGACCGGUAAAACUGAUUCCUCGAAGGCCUUUCAAAAAGCGGUCGAUGAUGGACACCAGCAACAGAAAGUCGUCUAUAUACCAAAGGGCACAUACACGAUUUACGAGCACGUUAUCGUGGACGGUGUUACGUUAACAGGGGCGGGACCGUGGCAUAGUGUGCUCGGUGGUCGACAUCCGACCGAACGCGAUAAAACGUGCGGCGUUUACGGUAAAUAUGUUGAAAGUGGCGGUGGCAGCAAAAAUGUGCACCUGUCCAAUUUUGCAAUUAUCGGCGAUAUAAGGGAGCGCAUAGAUGAGUUUCAAACAAACGGCCUAGGUGGCGCACUUACCGAUUCGGUCGUGGACAAUUUAUGGAUUCAACACGUUAAAGUCGGUGCAUGGAUGGAUGGGAAAAUGGAUAAUCUGGUGAUUAAAAAUAGUCGCAUCGAGGACACCACAGCCGAUGGGGUCAAUUUCCACAAAGGGGUGACCAACUCUGUCGUACAGAACACGUUCCUACGCAACCUGGGCGACGACGGGCUGGCCAUGUGGGCUGACACCUACCCGAAUGUGGCCAACAAGUUCAUCAAUAACACCGUCGGUAUUCCGGUGUUGGCCAACAAUAUCGCGAUUUAUGGCGGGAAAGACAUCGAAGUGUCGGACAACUUCGUAUACGACACUAUAACCAACGGCGGGGGUAUACACAUUGCCAACCGUUAUGCCAGUGUUAAAGGAGAAACAGGUGUUCUGGGUCACCACAAAGUGUACCGGAACACUAUGCUCAGGGCCGGUAACUCGGACUUCAACUGGAACUUUGGCAUCGGCUCCAUAUGGUUCAGUGGGCUCAACGAGGACAUGAAAAACGCUGUAAUAGACGUCGUAGACUGCGAUAUAAUCGACGCCUCAUACGCGGCCGCCAUGUUUAUCGAUAACCACGUGUACGGGGUCACUUUCGACAAUCUAUUAAUUAACGGUACGGGCACAUUCGCGCUACAGUUGCAGGGCAUGGGUGGUGAGGCUACUUUCAAAAAUGUUAAAGCUAUCAACGUUCAACAAGAGGUGCCAAUUUUUAAGUGCCCCACGGUCAAUUUUACGAUGCACGUGGAGGGUGCCAAAACGGGCUGGUACACUGACAAGCCUAUGUGCAAUGACCCACAAACGGUGGUGCCAAAGUGGCCGUGGAAUUGGUGAACAUCCCGGUCCCCUUUUAUACAUUGAGUGUCUAUAUGUUUUAGAUUAUUUGCAGAAUUUGUAGUUUGGGC